UCCAAGAUGGCGGCGACAGUUGGCUCCCUCGUUUCGUAUGGGACGGGUUCUGACUCGGAUUCGGAUAAUGAAGAUCGGUCUAGCACGAGUCCAGAGAAGACAGAUCCCGACGCUGUAGCUCAUCUUCGUCCUUUGAGUUCUGGCAAAAAAACUUCAUUAGCUAUCCUCAAUUCAGCCCCGGAGGUCGCAGUGAAGGAGGAUGUGAUGACUGGCUCUCAUCUUGAUCCUUCGGUCAAGGAGGUCACCUUCAACCCUACAUAUGAGACAAUGUUCGCCCCUGAGUUUGGUCCGAUCAACCCAUUCAAAACACAGCAGAUGGCAGCCCCUAGGAACAUGCUGUCGGGCUACGCGGAGCCGGCACACGUCAAUGACUUCAUGUUUGAGCAGCAGAGGAGGACCUUCUCAACCUUCGGUUAUGCUCUCGAUCCCUCGGUGGACAACAGUCAAGCGUCCUCCAGCAGCUACAUUGGAGACGUGGAGGAGGCGGAGAAAAAGAAAGGCCUCACUGUGUUUGAAGCGGGUGCCAAGAAGGGAGAGAAGAGGAAAAAGGUAAAAGGCGGAGAUGCCUCCGAAAUUGAUAAUUUCCUUGGACCAUGGGCCAAGUAUGUGGACGAGAAGGAAGUAGCCAAACCUUCAGAGGAGGAGCAGAAAGAGCUGGAUGAAAUCACCGCCAAAAGGCAGAAAAAAGGCAAAAACGAGGAGGAGGCCCCUGCAGAGGAGAAAACUGUUCUCCACGUCAAAGACAUGUACGACUACCAGGGCAGGUCGUACCUGCAUGUUCCUCAGGACGUCGGCAUCAACCUGCGUUCCACGGAUGCUCCUCAAAAGUGCUACCUGCCCAAGAAGCAGAUCCAUGUGUGGUCUGGCCACACCAAGGGUGUCAGUGCCAUCCGGCUCUUUCCUAUGUCUGGUCAUCUGCUGCUGUCCUGUUCCAUGGACUGUAAGAUCAAGCUGUGGGAGGUGUACAAUGAAAGAAGGUGCUUACGGACAUUUAUUGGCCAUAGUAAAGCAGUAAGGGACAUCUGCUUCAACAACUCAGGCACCCAGUUCCUGAGCGCUGCCUACGACCGCUACCUGAAGCUUUGGGACACGGAGACCGGCCAGUGCAUCUCACGCUUCACCAACCGGAAGGUUCCUUAUUGUGUGAAGUUCAACCCUGAUGAAGACAAGCAGAACCUUUUGGUGGCAGGGAUGUCUGAUAAGAAAAUUGUCCAGUGGGACAUCCGAACAGGAGAGGUGGUCCAGGAAUAUGACCGGCAUCUGGGCGCCGUCAACACGAUCACAUUUGUGGAUGAGAACAGACGCUUUGUCAGCACAUCAGAUGAUAAGAGCCUUCGGGUUUGGGAGUGGGACAUUCCUGUAGACUUCAAGUACAUUGCGGAGCCCAGCAUGCACUCCAUGCCCGCGGUCACGCUGUCACCCAACGGCAAGUGGCUGGCCUGCCAGUCUAUGGACAACCAGAUCCUCAUCUUCGGGGCGCAGAAUCGAUUCCGCCUCAACAAGAAGAAAGUCUUCAAGGGACACAUGGUAGCUGGCUACGCCUGUCAGGUGGACUUCUCUCCAGACAUGAGCUACGUGGUCUCGGGUGACGCAGAUGGCAAGCUCAACGUCUGGGACUGGAAGACCACGAAGCUGUUCCAUCGAAUCAAGGCGCACGACAAAGUGUGCAUCAGUGCCCUAUGGCAUCCACACGAGACAUCGAAGGUCAUCACCUGCGGCUGGGAUGGCCAGAUCAAGUUGUGGGAUUAGGAUUGGGUGGGACAGUACUCCCACCCAUGAAUCAACUUGUUUCAGAUUUAAAUCUUUCCAUUUGUAUGUUCAGUUGUAUGAAUGUAAAUGUAAAUUUUCGCCUCUUUGUGACAGUAAAACUUUGUAUAUUUCCAGUAA